GGAGUUAGCAGCGCGCCACCUAACUCUAUGGAGGUCGAUGAAAUUGCGGACGAGUUGCAAGUUUUUGGGCUUGUCGUUGAUGAUAAGGUCGUCCUUGAGAAAUUAAGCUUUUUGAGCGAAAGGUGGGGCUUAAAUGCUAGUACACUCGUGGAAAAAUAUGUCGCUUUUCAACGGAAUACCGAUCUACCUGAUCGUAUUUCACUAAAAAAUGUUGAACUUUUUGACAGAGAGGUAAAUCUGAUCUCUAAAUCUCACAUUGAAGACGUCGGCAAAACUCGAUACCGCUAAAACUCGGACCCCUAGAUCACAUGUUCCAAAAUCCGCAAUGAGCUUGUUGACAAAAAAUAUGUUACAAGAGCUGAUGGUUGCGGAAGCCUGCAGCGAUCAAAGAGAUCUGUUGAGUUCCUACGGUGUUUCGAAGCCAUUGAUUCAUGUACCAAAUGGACUAUUAAUCCCAUCAGACAAAGAAAAUGAACCUGAACUUGAGUCCCAUGAAACUCAGCUGAUAGCGUCUUAUCCUUCAGACACUGUUGAGUCGCUUAUCUGUAAUGGUAUAACCGAUUUCAUUGACUGGACUCCAAUUCUGCUGACUACCGGAGCCUAUGGAAAUCGAUACAUGAACCAACACACCUUAGAAAAUGCAGAGAUUAUUGACAACUGGACAUGGGAAACUAUCAAACGUGUUUUGAGUAACAUACCUGAAGGAUCAUUGGUUGAAGGCGAUCAGAAUAUUCAACAAUCUUCUCAACCUACAAGUCGCGACUCGUUAUCGUCAUUAAUCAAUAAAAAUGAAUGCUGUCAACCAACGAGAACUGAAACUUCUACACUGGAACGUACAACGUUGUUGAGACCAGUUUUUUCGCGUGUCCUAGCUUCAUCUCUCAUUCCUGGAAGAGUUUCUGCAAAAUUAUCAGUACCUAUCAAAGGAUCUAGUGAAUCUUCUCAAAUCGCUGAGAACAGUAAACCUAUUACUGAAACCAAAACUCGUCUACACGUAUCAAAUGUUGCACUAGUUGGACUUCGCCGAGUCGAACGUUCAGGAUCCGAAACUGAUGCCGUACCUUUGGACUUGGGAUUUUCGAAAGAUUUAUCUUGUUAUUCUGUUUAUUCAGGUCAACCACUUUUGAUCCGUGGUGUCAACCCUACAGGUCAUUCGCUGGGUGUAAUGGAAAUUUUCCAGAUACCUAUUUCAAAACCCCCUUUUAUCAAUCCAGAUAAAUGCUUGGGAAACCUGCAUAUUAUGGUGGCCUGUGGCCCUUAUACUCUUUCAAAUUCACAUGAUCCUACAGGCCUUUUUAAUUUAUUGCGUUCCGUCAAACAAUCUAAACCCCAUGUUCUCAUCCUGCUUGGACCGUUUGUUGAUUCGGAGCAUCCUGGUAUUCAGUCUUAUUCUGAAACUACUUACGAGGAAUUAUUUCAAUCUAGAGUGAAUAGUGUCAGUGAAUGGUGCAGUCAUUUAUCUAUAAGGUUGAUAAUUGUUUCCUCCUGGAGAGAAUUACAUCAUGAUCCAGUGUAUCCGACUCCACCUAUCGACAAGUCGUGGAUAGAAAAAACACCACAUCUGUCAUCAUCAUACGAAAAAGUUCAAUUCGCUCCCGAUCCAUGUCUUUUCCAAAUUGGGGAAUAUGUUUUUGGUCUAACUUCGGUUGAUAUACUUAAAGAUCUUAGUUGUGAAGAAAUCAGUGCUGGUUGCUCGGGCAGUGAUAGAAUUACUCGUUUAUGUCGGCAUAUUCUCGCCUCAUCAUCGUUUUACCCUGUACACCCCCCUGACGAUGGUUUACCACUUGAUUACCCUUUAUGGAGUCAGUAUGCACAGUUUUCAGUCACACCACACUGUUUGAUUUUACCGUCGAAAUUGCGUCAAUUUGUAAAGAAUGUAGAUGGUGUGUUGUGCAUCAAUCCUGGAUAUGUAUCAAAAGGAGAGGCUUUCGGUAGCUAUGCUGAAAUUGUUGUCAAUGUGAAUGAAUUUUCAAGUUUAAAUGGAAAUAGCAACGAAAUUAACUCAAAUAUACCGGAUAACUUAUCAUCGGAACAUUCUAGUUUCAGUAUAUGUGGUCGUACAUCUGUUUCAAUCAAACGCCUUUAAUUCAACUUAAUUUUAGAGAACAUAUUUCUUUUUAAUGCAAACUUGGGAUCUGUUCUGACUUUGUAUUUUUUUAUAUGCUCAGUGUAAGAUGGUUUCCUUAAUAGAAUAUAUUUCAGUCA